AUGGGUGUGCAGUGCCAGAACACGGCCAGCCCGCCCUACUACCGCUGCGGCAGCUGCCCCGAGGGCUACGAGGGUAAUGGGGUCGAGUGCCGCGACAUUGACGAGUGUGCCCAGGCGCGGCCGUGCGACCGGCGCGUCCAGUGCCAAAACUACGACGGCGGGUUCCGGUGCGGACCGUGCCCAGCUGGCUUCACGGGCAGCCCCGGACUGCAGGGCUCUGGACUGGAGUACGCGCGCUACAGCAAGCAGACCUGCUACGACAUCAACGAGUGUGAGGAGAACCGGUGCGUGGCCAACUCGGAGUGUAUCAACACCGAGGGCUCCUUCUACUGCGGCGAGUGCAUCGAGGGUUUCGUGGGUAACCAGACGGUGGGCUGCCGUGACCGGCCCGGGCUGUGUCCGGACGGCACCCAGUGUGACGGUAACGCCAACUGCGAACGGCCGUACGGCUCCAGCAGCUACAUCUGCCGGUGUAAGAUCGGCUGGGCAGGCAACGGCAAGCUGUGCGCUCCCGACACCGACCUGGAUCGGUUCCCCGACUACGACCUGUCCUGCACUGAUAAGUAUUGCAUCAAGGACAACUGCGUGCUGACGCCCAACUCUGGCCAAGAGGACGCCGAUGGGGACAAGAUCGGAGACGCCUGUGAUCCGGACGCAGAUGGUGAUAACGUCUACAACGAGCCGCCCAACCCCAACAAUCCAAAUGGAUGGGACAACUGUCCGCUGGUCAGUAACGCCGACCAGGCGGACACGGACCGCGGCGGUCCGGACCGGCAGGGUGAUGUGUGCGACAACUGCCCCACCAUACCCAACUUCGACCAGGAGGACACCGACAACGACGGCAAGGGCGACGUCUGCGACGAGGACAUCGACGACGACGGUAUUCUGAACGAGAACGACAACUGUCCGAAGAAUCCGAACCCGGACCAGCGCGACCGGGACAGCGACGGUCUGGGCGACGAUUGCGACAACUGCCCGACCGUCUCCAACCCGGACCAGAGGGACGAGGACCGCGACCUGGUCGGAGACGCCUGCGACACAGACGACGACGUCGACAGGGACGGCAUCCAAAACAACCGUGACAACUGCCCGGAGAUUCCGAACGCCGACCAAGUGGAUACAGACCGCGACGGGCGCGGAGAUGUCUGCGACGACGAUGACGACAACGACGGCAUUAUCGACAGCCGAGACAACUGUCCACUGCGGCCCAACCCGGACCAGGCCGACCGCGACCGGGACGGCAGAGGGGACAUCUGCGACAAGGACACCGACGGAGAUAACGUCAUCGAUAAAUACGACAACUGUCCCAACAACUCGCAGAUCUACGCCACCGACUUCAGGUCGUAUCAGACGGUGGUGCUGGAUCCGUUCGGCGAGUCCCAGAAGGACCCCAACUGGGUGAUCUACAACCAGGGAGCCGAGAUCGUGCAGACCAUGAACAGUGACCCGGGACUGGCUGUCGGAUUCAACACGUUUGCUGGAGUCGACUUCGAGGGCACAUUCUUCAUUGACACAACCGUUGACGACGAUUACGUAGGAUUCGUGUUCAGUUACCAGGACAACAAGAAGUUCUACACGGUGAUGUGGAAGAAGAGCACGCAGACGUACUGGCUCCCGACUCCGUUCCGCGCCGUGGCCGAGCCGGGCAUACAGCUGAAGGUGGUCAACUCCAGCACGGGACCCGGCCAGAUGAUGCGCAACGCCCUCUGGCACACCGGAGACACGUUUGACCAGGUUCGGCUGCUCUGGAAGGACCCCCGGAACGUGGGCUGGAAGGAGAAGACGGCCUACCGCUGGCUGCUGCUGCACCGGCCACAGAUCGGGCUCAUCCGGCUCAGGAUUUACGAGGGCGAGUAUCUGGUGGCCGACUCCGGUAACAUCUACGACAGCACGCUCAAGGGAGGCCGGAUCGGCGUGUUCUGCUUCUCACAGGAGAUGAUCAUCUGGUCCGACCUGGUCUACCGGUGUAACGAUGACGUGCCUGAGGAGGUGUACGAGCGUCUGCCACCGAACCUGCAGUCGCAGGUCAACAUUGACAGAACCAAGGCUGCGCGACCCGGCGGAGGUCUUCGCGGCCAGCCGACCGUCAACAACUGAGCUGGCUAGCUGACGGCUGGGGAACAGUCUGGGGCGACACCUAUGUAGCUGUGCCAAGAGUCUUCAAACUCACUUUUGAGAGCGGCGCUACUGUCGCAACAGUGCAGCGUCCGAAGGUUAGGUCCGCAACAAGUCGGUGAUUUUACCAUGGCAGUUCACUGCAUUGCUUCGCUUUUGCAAGUCGCGGUUGUGUAUCUGGUGCUGGACCAAUGAGCGUGUGAGAUUAGGGUGAGAUUAUUGGUGUGUAGUGCGCUCUGGAUAGAGAUAAGCGAGCCUGCUUCGACCUUAUUCACCGCUCUAGCCCAUUCCGAGACACCGUUUGUGCCAUAUUGUCAGCUUCAGUUUUACAGCGCCAGAAAUGAUGUGCAUAUUGUUAUAGCUGAGCGGUUGCUAACGGAAGAAUCUAAGAAGCUAAUUGAGGUCGCCUUGGUUUUUAGAGCAGUGAAGAUGAAUGAGUGAGCGCAAGUUGUAGUUAUUUUAAUAUAUUUUAAUUUAGGUAUGUAACGAGAUUCCAAACUCGUGUCUUGCACUAUUUCCUGCGUGUAUCAGUACAGCAUAUAAACGCUCUUAAACUACCGAAGGAUACACAAACUUCUUGUCCCGUCUCGAGCACAUGCAUGUAUCGCCUUUACAUGAACGGUUAAAAUUAAGUUAUUGUUUAGGAGCUUGGAACUCAAGCUUUAUGUUACUCGCGGAAUUUGUUCUGGGUUUCUACUACGAUCAUCCAGGAGUGAGGAGAUGUGAGAGCACCUGAUGCCAUUUUUUUGUAAUUUGCCUCUAUGCAAUCGUAACGCUGCAUUCAAACCUGUUGGGCGUGAGGGUCUAUGUCUAGGCCGCAAUCGUCUAAACCCCAUCACCAAUUCGGUCAAUUGGUCAGAGUAGAUGGGAAUGCAGGUGUUUUGAUGUAACAUGACUAAUAUUUUUGCAUUUCAUUGGAAAUAUAUUCAUAAAAUAC